AACCUGGCAACAUAUUUUUUUUUUUAUUCGAUUUCCGCUUUCCGAAAAUUUAUUGCUUUUGGUCGCGUGCGUUCGGUUUAUUUCUGUGGAAUUCUUUUUGUAAAUAAAUUUAUAUUUAAAUCAUGGGAGUCAAUGUCGAGACAAUUUCCCCUGGUGAUGAGUCAACUUACCCAAAGACCGGGCAGACAGUGGUGGUCCACUAUACAGGCACACUGACAAAUGGGCAGAAAUUCGACUCUUCGCGCGACCGUGGCAAGCCCUUCAAAUUCAAGAUCGGCAAGGGAGAAGUCAUCAGAGGAUGGGACGAGGGUGUUGCUAAGAUGUCGGUAGGCGAGCGCGCCAAACUGACCUGCUCCCCGGACUACGCUUACGGCCAACAGGGCCACCCUGGAGUAAUCCCACCAAACUCCACUCUCAUCUUCGAUGUGGAACUCAUCCGCCUCGAAUAGACAAUCACAACACGUACCUCUCAUCUCAUUAACGUUUUACCUAAGCCUUAAUUAGUGAAUGCAAAAUAAGAAAUGUACAAAAAUAACAGACAAACACUAGCGUGGCCGCAUUGAGAACUUCAGCUCUCUAUGUACAAGUCUCUGGCUAUGACGGACUUAAUUGUAUGUUCAGGUCAAUUAAGAUAUUUUAAUAUUUCUUAUUUUAUUAAUUCACGUUAACUAGUGGUAAAGGAUUUUUAUUACCACAACUAUUUUUGCCCCAAGAUUAUAUAUGCUCAAAUUCACAAAUACUAAAAAGGUUUAGAGGAAAGUAGUUCUCCUUGUUCAAUGGGUUCACCAUAGUGUAUUUACAUAUGUAACUCUUCAUAGUCACACAAUUUCGUACCUUUUUAUGUUAAGAUUGUUGCCAGUAAAUGUGGGCUUUUAUGAAGGACAUGGCAACACCGUUUAACUUUAGAUAUUGAAACGCCAUGUUUGUGUACCAUCUUUUACUACUACGAACAUACAGUAGUAGAAAAAUCAAUGGAUAAGUCCAUAAGAGACAAAUUUGAUAAUAAAAUAACCAUUUAUCAUCGAUCAUACAAACUGGCAACUACCUACUUUAGGUUACAUUCCAGAUGCAUUUAUAAAUUUGAUUUCUUUAUUAAGAUGUGCUCUAUUUAGUAAAAUUGAGUUAUAUAAACAACAAUUUACUAGAUAACACAACUUAUAAUAAAUGUUUUAAAAAUAAUUAGUUCUGCAUUCUAAUAGGGUUGAUUUUCACUUGUGUUUAUAAGUAUGUAAUUUGCACAAAUAAAUAAAUACAUCUAUAUGGGUCUUUAGUGAUAAACUAUAGUGUCUUCUAUAACUUCAAUUGAACUAUAAAUGCACUUUGGGUAUUGUGUGCUUGAUAAUUUCAUGGGAGUGUUAGAUGUAUAGCUAGGCCAUAGUAUUUGUGGAUGAUUGAUUAGUCAUUUGAUUCAUGACGAAGGAUACAAAGGUACAGAGUUCGCUUCUUUAUAGCAAUAAGAGUAUUCGUGUCAUAUGUAACACAUAAGGUUAUUGUGAAGGAAAUAUGCUUAAAAUCUUUAGCUGUUAUCAUAAUACAAGUAUACUACGUAGGUAGAUUUACCUAUUAGUUAUUUUAAUUAUGUAAAUAAUCAGCACAAAUGUAUGGACUCGUCUGAAUCAAUUAUGAAGCAUUCAUUUAAUUUCUUACAACCGAUAAACUUGUCAUAGAUACAUUAAACUUCAGAAAUAAACUUUAUGUGAGAUAAAAA